AAUGGCUGUCGUCGUGUUUGAGCUCUUCGUUUGUUUUUGUCAUUUGAAAAGUCUUUAAAAAAAACUAUUUAUUAUUUAUUUCUCAAAUAAACUGUUUUUCGUCUUUGAAUUUUACCGACAACUCCUGCGGUGAAACAACUGCCGACUACCCGACUAACCGAUCUGACUGUCCACUGAUCAUUGGCUGACCACUUUGUAUUGAUUGGCCGCCCGAAGAAUCGGCGCAACAAUGACAAAGCGCUCUCAAGACGACCUCGCGAUGGACUCGAAAACUUCUGUCGAAGUGAUAAACGGAUGUGUCGUCGUCCCGGACGACGGCUCUUCGCCAGUAAUCGUCGCCCAGACGUCGCCCACGACGACUACCACUACGACUACUAUUGUUGUCGACAACAAUCAGAAUACAAUUAAUGAAAACGAAUUGUCGACAAAAAAGAUAAAAUACGAGACGUCUUCGGGAACUAAUGGACCGAAAGACGAUUUAAACAAUAAUCAGACGACAAAUAAUCGCAGUAUUAAUGGACCGCCGAUUAAGUCCCGAGUGGUUCACGUGCGCAACAUUCCCGUCGACACAACCGAUUCGGAUCUGAUUGGUCUGGCGGCCGGAUUCGGUCGGGUGACCAAUUGUCUCAUUCUAAGAGGCAAAGCCCAGGCGUUCGUCGAGUUUCUGGAAUCGCAUUCCGCCCAACAAAUGGUCAACUAUUGGUUGUCUUCAACUGUGGCCGGAAUUCCCGCUCCGAUGCAACCCAACAUCAGAGGCCGUCACGUGUUCUGCCAAUUGUCCAAUCAUAAGGAACUGAAGACCAAUAAUCAGAAUAACAGCGGAAGUAAUGGACACAACGGAAACGGCGAUCACGGCUUCGGCGGACAUUCGGUCGGCGGCGGAGGACAUCACCCGCAUUCUGGCCACGACAACGGCGUGAGUCGAGAGCCGUCGUGUGUAUUGCGAGUCGUGGUUGAGAACGCUUUAUACGCCAUGUCUUUGGAUUUAUUGCAUUCGGUGUUCGCGAGAGCGGGAAAAGUCCAUAAAAUCGUUACUUUCACUAAAAACCAACAGUUCCAGGCUCUCAUCCAAAUGGCCACUCCGACCGACGCCCAGACGGCGCGGACAUUACUGGACGGACAGAAUCUGUUUCAUCCGAAUGCAAACCAAUUGAGAGUCGAGUUUUCAAAACUGACGCAAUUAAACGUCAAAUUCAAUAACGAUAAAUCACGUGAUUUCACACAAACACCCGUCGGCGGAGUUGGAGGACAACCAAUGGCCGCCGACCACUCCUCCGCUCUGCAACACGCCCACGUGGCGGCGGCGGCUGCCCAACUGCAGCAGCAGCAGCACCAUCAUCACCAACAACAACAACAGCAACACAACGACGCUCUGAACGCACUGUUAGCUCAACAACAAUCACAACAUCCGUCUUUCGGGCCUUUUGUCGGCCAAACGGCUGCUUUGCGUGCUUUGAAUCCUUUGCUCCCGUUGACGGCUGCCGGCGCUCUCGGCCAACUCGGACUCGGUUUAGGCCAACAAUUGGGAAACGGUAUAAUCGGCGGUCAUUCUGGACUUCAAACUCCCGUUUUGUUGGUUUCGAAUCUCAACGAAGGCACCACAACAACUGACGCUCUCUUCACUCUUUUCGGAGUUUAUGGAGACGUAAUUCGAGUGAAGAUUUUGUUCAACAAAAAGGACAACGCUUUGGUCCAGAUGGCCGAACCGGGUCAGGCGGCUCUGGCGCACAACUAUUUGGAUAAAGUGCGACUUCACGGUCGAGUGAUUCGCGUGACGCCAUCCAAACACCAAGUCGUCCAAAUGCCCAAAGAAGGCCAACACGACGCCGGACUGACAAAAGACUUUUCGUCGUCGGCUUUGCAUCGUUUCAAGAAACCCGGAUCCAAAAACUACGGAAACAUUUAUCCGCCGUCGGCUACUCUUCAUUUGUCUAACAUUCCGGCUUCGGUUCAAGAAGAAGACAUUCGACAAGCCUUUCAACAGGAAUGUCAGACACAAGUCGUUGCCUUCAAGUUCUUUCCGAAAGACAGAAAAAUGGCGUUAAUUCAGUUGUCUUCAGUCGACGACUCGAUUCACGCCUUGAUUCAGAUGCAUAACUAUCAAUUGUCCGAAUCUUCCCAUUUGCGCGUCUCGUUCUCCAAGUCGUCCAUUUAAUAGCAGAAGAAGAAGAAGAAGAAGAGGUCUUCAAUGAUCUCAAGACUGAUUGCAAUCAUGUUUUCAAACAAACAAACAAUUAAUUAAUAAUUAAUUGAUUUAAUAAUUCAUUUGCGAAUCAAAAACCGCGAAAAAACCAAUUUUUUUUUUGAGACUAAAAGUGCCUUAAAUUCCACAGUAUUUCGCAUUUUUCGACGAUUUUUAUAAAUAUUUUUUUUGCGUUAAUCACUAUUAAUAUUAAUUAAUUAUUUUAUUAUUAUUUUCGACACA